AUGGAUCCAGCAGUAUCAAAAAGCGGUUAGUUUGGAAACAUUUAAAUUAAUAUAUCUAAAGUAACUUUAAUCGUCCGUGGGCACACAAUAAUGAUGAUUUUAUUACUUCGCCGAUUGAUACUUUCCAUGGAAGCAAAAUAAAUCAAUUUAACGUCUGUCUUUGGUGUCAAUUGUGCGUAAUGGUGAUUUAUGGAUACGGCCGCGAAUCAGUCUUGAUAGCAUUUAGACGCCUAAGGCUAGACAGUUGUUAGCUCCUUUUAGUUUGAGGGCUAGUGCAGGGCCAGUAAUCUAACAGGUUGACGGGACAUGUGUGAUGUCAGUCGCGCGAAAGAAUUCCGGCGCGUAGAAAUUGUCACCAAGUGUCGGCCAAUCGCAAGACUACCCCGCGACCGAGCGAACGGGCUAGCGUUAGGCGACUAAAAUAUUAUCAUCCCAGAUAUAGAUGAUUGGUAGUCGUUGCCCUUCCAAGUCAAAAUAAUUCAUUUUUCUUUAUUUUGCCGUUUCGUUUAUUUGCGAUUUCAAAUCGAUUUGAAGGUGUUACUGACUGCCCAUGUGGUUUCCCCAAGUUUUUACUUCAUGUUAAGCAUGAGGAUUUGUACUCAGACGAUUUUGCAAUCUUGGUAAAUGUAGUCACACACACCGAGAAGACUGCAUCUUGGUUAUCGCCGGAGUAACUAAAGUUAAGUCAGACGUUGUUACCGCUAACUGAAAUCGCUCGCUACUCUGCCUCGUUGACCAAAACCUACAAUUUCAGGUAAACAUUUAAUUUCCCGCAAACAAUGGUUCUAAGCAGACUCGAAAAAAUCGUCACGGAUUUUUGACGCUCACAUACUAGCUCAUAUUCAAAAAUGGAUUUAUAGUCGAAUUCGGACCUCCGCGAGUUAAGAAGUGCCCCUGUCUUGGUACUGGGAAAUUAUAGUCGGGCAAUGAAUUAAAAAACCGACAAAUACUCCGUAUAUUCAACGCUAAGAUUGAAUUUGAAAUUAUGCAGGUCGACAAAGCAAAUUCAAUUUAGGCAGAAUGCUAUUACCGACAAAGACAAGGGAGACUGGAAUUGCCAUUUCUGGCUUAUUAGCCGUCGUCAGCCAGCCAUACCCAAGCCCGAAGUGUGGAACACCCGAGCCUCGAACUCGCGACCUGUUGGUUUAGAAGUCCACGCCUCUACCCACCGGGCCACGAGCCCGUUGCCCUAUCGGUUUUCGAUCGGGUAUAUACAACAGGGCAACGGGCUCGUGGCCCGGUGGGUAGAGGCGUGGACUUCUAAACCAACAGGUCGCGAGUUCGAGAUUCGGGUGUUCCACACUUCGGGUUUGGGUAUGGCUGGCUGACGACGACUAAUAAGCCAGAAAUGGCAAUUUCAGUCUCCCUUGCCUUUGUCGGCAAUAGCAUUCUGCCUAUAUAUCAUGCGCCGCUGUGCGGCUGCUGCUUGGGCUCGAGAAUGAGCCCUUAAGGCACAACGGAACGAAUGAGUUCCGUAUGAACGAUCGGUGAGCGCCCCCUACCAAAUUCAAUUUGUUUUGCUUUAAGGCGAAAAUUCGACGUGAAAAAGUGGAGAGAUUAAGCAAGCUGAUUUAAAGGGAAAUUAGUAUUAAGGCUUAAGAAAUUAAUGUGUCUCCCGACAUGAGUUUCUAUUAAUGCAAAUCUACUGGGUUCUACAAGUCAUCGAAACUUUACAGCACGUCGUGCGAUGCUAUAUACUUGACCAUUCAUUUAUUAAGCACUUACUGAUGCCAUAAAUCUAGUAUGGUUUGAACAAGUCACGUUCCUACUGUUAGGACUUUGACACAAGUUAGCAGAAGUCUCAGUUCACUAAGUGCGCGAAUGUUUUCCUGCACAAAAUCCAAUUUAUGGAGGUCUGUCGUUCUAGCACAUCCUCUGCAUGUUUUGUGCUCUCUGUAGAUUUCAAAUGCUUGUGGUUGCAUAUCGAGAAAAGUUGUUCUGUAUUUCAUGUUUAUUUGGGCCUCACUAUUUCAAACAACUGGUUCAACAAUAAUUGCAUGGAGCGUCCGUACAGAAUAUUCAAAUAAAAUUUCACUCAUCUAAACCAAGAUUCGUAUACACUACCGCAUUUGAUGACGGAUUCAUGCACUGUUUCUAACUCGUAGGUAACUGCACGGAGCGUCUCAUUGUUUGAGUUUUUCUUAUCUGUAUGCUGUUGUUUAUCUAGCUCCGGAACACGAUUCAUCCGCUCUCGGCUCUGAGUCGUGUUUUGCAUACUGCGAAAAGUGCCGAUGUGAUGUCUACACCCAACUGCAGCAUGAGACUGGAAGGCGGACAAUUCUAUCUUGCGUAUUAAUAGCUAUGUUUGGGUAAGCGGAACAACAAUUUUCUGAAUAUGGCUUCUGCAGUUUUUAUCUACAUCGGAGACUUUUAUAUAGACGAAUUUAUGAUUAUCCUUGUCAUUCUUACCAGCAGAGUAGCCCCCCAUUACCACUUCAUCACCAUCGUCAGCAUAGUCGUAGGCUCCACCAAUGUCGUCGUUGCCAGCAGUUUCAGCCCACAUAUUUUCAAAAGCUGCAUAAGUAUCCAUAAUAUCACUAAGAAACUGUACUUCAAAUUUUAAACACACUUCAAACUGACCCCAACUGCAUGGAUUUUUAUAUUAUUGCAUUUAGAAUCACCAGUUAAACGAGCACUUUGGAGGGGAAGAGCAUCAUUCCUCACAUCCUUUUAAGAUACCAUAUUUGAAAGUCUCUGUAAGCGACAAUACGGAGGGUUUUAGCAGAAACAAUCAAGAAAAGUAUGUUAUUCCAUUUCCCGCAAGGUAAGAUCAAACGCCUUGUGACUUCAUCCAGAAUGGGGGCACAAAUACCUGACUCUCUGGGGGUUUUCAGUAAAAACAGUAACGUAAAUUGACACGUAGCAGUUUAAACUUUAAUGCUUUUAUGAACACCUGGUCAUAGCUGCGCUAUCAACAAAACAAAAAUAAACAGCCGUCUGAGCGGAAAUCCAUAGGGACACAAAGAUCAAUACCUCCAAUAUCAGGUCACAUAAUUCUGGGAAUUUCGUUGUGUAGUUUCCCAACACAUAAUUUUUUCUGAGAAACGUUUUGGAAGAAGGAGACAUGUAAACUGCGACAAGUGUUUUAUCCGCUUGAUGUUUUGAAUGCACAUUUGAAUCUAUCAUCAGAGACUACAUCAGACGGGGGAAGCUUGCUAACCCAUUAUUGAUUUGUCACACUAUUGUCAAGGGAAGCAUGAGAUGAAAAGUAUAUUUGUUUUCAUCAAAGUGCUACUGAGGUCUAGAGAUGCGAUAUUAUCGAGACCUUUCAAACUAAUCUUAGGGUCAAAAGGAGCAGACAUGAUGUCUGAGCGCUAUGCCUACACAGAGGAGAGCUAGAAACAACGAAGAUCGCCUUACUAAGUCGAUCUGAAGUAUACUACUGAAAUGACAUCGCAUUUUCAUUUUCCUCCCGUAUACACUUGAGAUUUUUAUAUUUAAAUCGCAUAUGAACUUAUAUCUUGCUCACAUCACUGCCGGGUUCACUUGUAAGGGAGCAGCUCCAAGACUGAGUCUCUGGUUGCGAAACUGGAGGUCCGAACACAUCAUAAAGGCUUGGAAUAGAGAAUAGGCAGAAAUUGCCCUCUAGGUUAUCAGCAUAACGCAAGUAAACGUUCCACCUAUCAAAUGGUCACGACAGACGUUUGAAAAUUCGGCCCAGCCCAUAGUUUUUCCCAAAGCGUACUUCAAAUUACAAUUGGUUUCAAGAUUCAAUGCCAGUGAAGCUGCGUCCAAGUAAAAUAAAUUGGAGAACUGUUAUUAGCUUGGCGCUAAGACCAUUGUGGCGCAUGGACCGCCCACUCUUCGACCCCUCAAAGUUGGGCCACGUUAAAAGAACGGCUGAUCUCCGAAAGGGUGCAUAGUUUGGCUUAUAAAGCACUAUUUGUUAGCUAAGAAAUUCGGGCGUGGACGCAAACUUAUAUCAGUUUUUCCGUAAGCGGUAUGCGCUUAUAUGUUUGUCACAGGUGGCGUUCAGUAAUCCCUACUUCUCAAUUAACAAACCUAGCAGUCAACCCAUAAAGAUAUACAUAGCAGUUUUGCGAUCAAUAAACAAACUGCCGUCCAAAAUGUGGACGCCAGCAAGGCUGAAUCUUCAGAGAGUUAUGUGAUCUGAAAUUGCUACAGAAGCCUUUACAGUGUCUAAAGUCCGUCGUCGUUUGCCUGAUUUCAUAUAUCUCACGUGGAUACGGGCAUGAAAGCGGCAAAACCGGCUAAUUAUUGAUUGUUCUCCAACUGUAUGCCUCUUUUUGCGUCGUUCCAUCAAAACCAUCCUUAUUUCAGGGCAUUGAACUUUGCUCCGAUAGGUACACCCUCCUUGUGUGCAUUUUCAGGCGUUUGUGUAAUGUGUACUUUUUGUCUAAACGCAACAGCAUAGUUAGCAUGCCUCUGAGACUUGCGGUGGACUCGCACAGAACAGGCGACGAAAUACCAACCAGGCAGAUAAUACCAAAGCGGCUACGCAAGACGUUAAUGUUAAGCGAUGUAGGAAAUCCCCAUAACUAUAUUCAGAAGACAAAAUGGCGAGCGAGCGUUGCUUUCGAUAACUUCUCCUCAGGCCAGUACAGUUAAACGGGACGGGGUACAGUGAGUGAAAAAAUCGAGAAAAGUUAGUUUCAAAAUACAGGCUAGGAAAGAGCGGAAGGGUGCAGAAAGUUGUAUGUGGUUAGUCAACCUUUGACCACGGUAAGCGCCACAUUUUCGAGGUCAUUGCAUGUGGAGGACCAAACAGUUUUCGCGUCAUUCUUAGACUGUACCCCACCCUAUGUAAUUGUAUUGGCCUGAUGAGAAUUUACCGAAAGGAACGUUCACUCGCCACUCUCUCUUCUGAAUAUAGUGAUGGGGAUUUUCACACAUUUAAAACAGUCCAAAGACCCCACGGUGUUGAAGGCACUCAAUGGGUACCUACGUUUUAACACCAAGCUUGCGGAGGCGAAAGUGAUGGCCAAGUUUAUCGGGGACUGUAUUGAGAGAAAUGAGUAUCCAGACCAUUAGUGGAGAGCGCUGCGUCGUAGUCGCACAGUCAUUACCACAGAAACCCUGAAAAGAUAUGCCGAGAAUCAACUGGAGAGUACCCUCGUAAAAUUAGAGGAACUUGAGCGUCAUGUGCGUCAACGCACAGCCGUCCUAGAUAUCCUGGCAGAUGAGGAAAGACAAGAAUUCGACAUGUACACUCAGUCCAUUGAAAAGAAACGUGGAGAGGCAAAACGCUCUGCUCUUCUUAGGAGUUUACAUGAGAUGAAAGCCCAGUCACGGUUUCCGAAAGACCCAGCUCGGUACGUACACAACUACUCUUAUAUGACACUUGAUAAAACAUCACUUGAAGCAUUAUCCCUUGGUCCGAAAUUUUGCACACCUCGUCAAAAAGUAAAUCAGUUAGAAUUGGAAACGCAGUUCGAGAACCUCUGGAACCAAACAUUCGAUCUAUUGCCCGUUUCCACAGACAGUAUCCAACACUUCAAAUCCACACUAGUGAAUUGCAGCUACCAAUACCUAAACAAAGGACCAAAAAGUCGAGGAUUACUGACAAAAGCACACGUGGAAAAAUUAAAAGAACUUCGAGGGAACAAAGAGAUCUUGGUAACUAGACCUGACAAGGGAACAGGCGUCGUCAUAAUGAACAGAUCGGACUACGUAGCGAAGAUAGAGUCCAUACUAUCUGACCAGAAGAAAUUCAGAAAGACAGAUAAAGAGAAGGAUUGCACGGAUGACGCAGAGGCGAAAUUGACUGACUGUUUAAGAAGGCUCCACACAGGAGGUCACAUAAGUGACCAUGACUUCGAACACCUCCGGCCAGUCGGGACACAUAUUCCCCGAUUAUAUGGUCUACCUAAGAUCCAUAAGGAAGGCCUAAGGGUUCGUUCAAUUUCAGACAUGCGGAACUCUCCGUAUCAUGCGAUAGCUAGGUGGUUAGCAGGGAAACGCAAGCCCAUGCACGCACCACGCAACUACCGAGAUAUCCUUCAAUUCAUUGACGACAUUAAGGACCUCAACGUUAACGGCAUGACGAUGUUCUCACUGGACGUCACAGCACUUUUUACAAACGUCUCGGUCACCGAGACAGUUGAUUACAUCUGUGAUUUUCUACCUGUCAGUCAGCAAGAAAUAGGAAUACCGACGAACACACUCAAGGAGCUGUUACUAAAGGGCACACUAAAUGUGCAGUUCCUUUUUGGCCACCAACUCUAUAGACGAGUAGACGACGUCGCUACGGUCUCGCCUUUUUGACCUCUCUUAGCUCACGUAUUCAUGGGCAAACCGGAGAGAUUUCAACUAAGCGAUCAGAGGCGGGACCCAGGACGUUGAUUUCUAUGGUCGAGAUACAUGCAAGAACAACUGUCAUAUGGGACAAGAUAUGCGAUGCUGCCACCUCGAUCGGCUACUUGUAUCGUGACAUGGCUGCCCGAGGUGACAACAGCGAGAGAUAUCAAUGCCCCCUAUUUUGUUUGAUAUUGUUUUGAAGGUUACUUUCAUGUAGAGCAAUUCAAAUGCUUUCUUGGUCUCUCCUGUGCCCUCUACGCUUUGUUUUGGUCUCUGACUGUCCCCUGCGAGACAACUUUUACGCACCUACUAGAUUUGAACACAUUACCUAGAUAGCCCAGCCUUAGAUAUAGAGAGUCUUGAAUGUUUAGCAGCCCAAAGUUGCUGUGGAAGAGGGCAGUGGCACGAUCGUUUCUAUAAGCCAUAGGACGUCUAAUUCUAUAUCCCGAGAUUUCAGAACUGAUGUAUUUUUGUUCAUUUCCGCUGUGAGGCCUUUUUUGCAGUCCUUGCGAGCUCACACAUCAAUGUAGAAUGAGACCAGUCAGGGGCUGCUAUGUUUGAAUUGUAUUAAUGAGAAAGUAUUAUUCAUUGUUUGAUGGACGUGGUCAUCCUCGUUCCACUUGACGACGGCGAAGGUCGCGUUGACGUCGCGCAUAAAAACCUUUUGUUCAAGUCCUGUUAUGCCCAAGGCGAUUCCGGUACCAAAAAACUAGUACUUAAAAGGGUCCUGCUGUAGAAACCAGGCCCGCUAUUUGGGUUGAUAUUAGUCGUCCCGUCGACUUCUGUGCACAUUAGAGAAGGCUAAGAGAACAUCUUAUUGGUCACCCAAACCGUCCAAUUAGGAGAUCGCGACAGCAUCAUUAUAUACACAUUUCUCACGCAUGCGCCAUCGAACACUGCACUUAUUGAGAUAAUCUACCCUAGCCACACCUCUCUUCCCUACUCUAUAUCCGCGCUGUAUGAAUGCUGAUCGUACCUUCCUUUCAUUCCAGUUUCUUCGUUUGGAGAGGGUUUUUAAAACGUCCAACACCCAUUGUUAUGCUGUCACUUUUUAUUUUAACAUUGUCACAAAAUAUCUAGUCAAGGGUCUGGUUUAUGGCCGAGGUUACUUAUUCGGGAGUGCAUUUGUAUUGAGCGAAAGAGCUGAACAUCUAUGAAGUUUGUGGUAUCACAAAGUCUGAUCCUCCAUAUUGCCACUAAUAUGAAGGGGACCCAGAUUUUGCCAUUUAAUGAUACCAGUAAGCGAAUUUAAUGCCUGUUUUCGGGCAUUGUCAAAAAGGCAUUGAAUCGCCGUAUUUUUACUCCGAUGACUACUUAAAAGUAUCUUGAACAUUUUGAGGCAACAGCCACGGCAAGGUCUUUUUAUUUCUUUCUUUGGCACUUACAAAUGAAUAUUGCCGGUUAUUUUCCCUCACCACAAUGGCUACCCGGAGUAAAUGGCCUCGGUCAUAAACCAUACGCUUGCCAAGUCUAUUACCCCAGACUUACUCAGGCGAAGAAUUCAUACUUAUAAAUCACCGAUAGGCCUCUAGUGAGGACUGACUUUCGGAAGAGACAGAAAAAACGCAUAGUUCAUUUUCAAUUCCACCCUGACAAGAAGAGUUGUGCAAUUAGGGCGAUAUCUGCAUCAAAAUGAGAUGCUCCUUCGCACAAACAAGAGUAUGCCAAUGCAUAUGGCGUUUGCUUGAGAGUCAGCUACACGUACUGCAGAGUACAAUACUGAAAGCUUAAGCAAACUUCCUAUGUAGUUCUGCAGCGUAAAAGCUCUCUGACUUUUCGAUGUGCAAACCGCUUCAUCUGCGGAAUGCCAGAAUUUAACAGUUACCUACUUCGUCGAAUUUCAGGGGAUGCCUCUUCUGCUUCCUUAUCCCCUGGUGUAUAGACUCCUGCCUCGAUGUUAAUCACAUUUGUCCUACUUGCGGAAACAGCCUCGGUGUCUAUCGUCGUCUAUAA